AAGAAUUACUUAUUUAUUUGUUGAUUGAUUUUGAUUAUUUUUGUUCCAUCUAAGAGCUACAUGAGGUUCACCAAGGUUCUACACAAAGUUAAGAAAUUUUGACAAGAAAAUUAUUUAUACUCAAUUUAUAUGAAAUUUAUUCAUAGAUCGCAAAAAAUGCUUCUGUCAUUUCUUCAUCAAUCUAUUCUAUAUCCUCAAUUUAUUUCACCAAUAGAAUUCACCACAGUGUCAACUGGGCUGAAAUUAAAAUUGUGUUAAAUUUCGUUGCGAGAUGCCGGAGGAGCUCCACAUCAUUGAUGUGCUAGUUUAUCAUUGUUGGUGAUAUUGUUAGCCAUGUAUCCCUUUUUUCCCUUCAUACAGAAAACUGUAACCUAAAUGCUGUUCCUUUCUCAAAUCACACAAUGAAUGAUAUGUUGGACCAUGAUGCAAGCAUCACUGUAGCCUGUAACAUGGGCUACUCUACCGGUAUGGGCAUUCUAACAGAGCUCAUGUGUAGUAAUGGGACCCUUUCUACACCUCCUCCUAUCUGUUAUGAAAACUGUAACCUAAAUGCCGUUCCUUUCUCAAAUCACACAAUGAAUGAUAUGUUGGACCAUGAUGCAAGCAUCACUGUAGCCUGUAACAUGGGCUACUCUACCGGUAUGGGCAUUCUAACAGAGCUCAUGUGUAGUAAUGGGACCCUUUCUACACCUCCUCCUAUCUGUUAUGAAAACUGUAACCUAAAUGCCGUUCCUUUCUCAAAUCACACAAUGAAUGAUAUGUUGGACCAUGAUGCAAGCAUCACUGUAGCCUGUAACAUGGGCUACUCUACCGGUAUGGGCAUUCUAACAGAGCUCAUGUGUAGUAAUGGGACCCUUUCUACACCUCCUCCUAUCUGUUAUGGUAAGCUUCUUACAAUCUUGAAUAAAGUUUCCAAAUCAAAAGAACAAGAUGUUAUUUUGAAAAUAUCCAUUUCCAAACUAUUUGUUUUUGUAGGAUGUGCCACUUUGUGGGUUCUGAUUUUGUUAGCUAACUAGAGAAUGAAGUAGUUCUUUUUUUUUCUGUACUUAAUGAUUAAUUUCUAAAGUUUCUUGCCCUUUUUAAGUGGUAUUUCAUUUUUAUAAACCUUGCAUUUGGUGAUAAUGGUGUCUUUAGUUAUCUACAUGUUUUGCACAUCGAAGAUUUUUUGCCCUAAUUGACUGAUAAUAUUUGAGUUUUUAGCUCAUCCGGCCCAAAGGGCCAAAUGAGCUUAUGCCGUGGCGUGGCGUCUGUCGUCUGUCGUCCGUCAACAAUUUCAAAAGGAUUCUUCUUCGCCAUUUCAAGUCCGAUUUCAAUUAUGUUUGCUUUAUAAAUAGCACUAGGUAGGGGAUUCAAAACUUCUGCACAGAAUUUUGAAAUUCAUUAAAUAUGCUAAUUUAUGUGCAUUUUUCAAAAUUCACAAAAAAUACUUCUUCUUCUUUAUUUGUUGACUGGUUUUGAUUUUUUUGCUUCCAUCUGGUUGAGCUUCAUUAGGUUCACCAAACUCUUACACAGAAUUUUGAAAUUUUGACUUGAACAAGUUUUAUACUUAUUUAUGCAAAAUUAAUUCAUGCGUAUUUUUAAAAAGUCACAUAAAAUGCUUUUUCUUCUUUAAUUGUUGACUGAUUUUGAUAUUUUUUUCUUCCAUCUGGUAGAACUUUAUGAGGUUCACCAAACUUCUAUACAGAAUUUUGACAUUUUCAGUAGAUAUUUAGUUAUGCUAAUUUAUGCAAAAUUUAUUCAGAAAUCACAGAAAAUGCCUCUUCUUUAUUUGUUGACAGAUUUUGAUUUUUUUUUCUUCCAUCUGGUAGAGCUGCAUGAGUUUCACCAAAGUUGUACACACAAUUUUGAAAUUUUGUCUAGAAAAUUAUUCAUGCUAAUUUAUGCAAAAUUUAUUCAUAAAUCACACAAAAAAAAUCUUCUUCAUUAGUUAAUCAACUUCAAUUUUGUUCACUUUAUAUGAUAGCUUGAGGUGGUGAUACAAAAUUUUGACACAAAAUUUUGAAACUCAUCACAUAUGCUAAUUUAUUCAUAUAUUUCCAAAACUCACAAGAAUUACUUAUUUAUUUGUUGAUUGAUUUUGAUUAUUUUUGUUCCAUCUAAGAGCUACAUGAGGUUCACCAAGGUUCUACACAAAGUUAAGAAAUUUUGACAAGAAAAUUAUUUAUACUCAAUUUAUAUGAAAUUUAUUCAUAGAUCGCAAAAAAUGCUUCUGUCAUUUCUUCAUCAAUCUAUUCUAUAUCCUCAAUUUAUUUCACCAAUAGAAUUCACCACAGUGUCAACUGGGCUGAAAUUAAAAUUGUGUUAAAUUUCGUUGCGAGAUGCCGGAGGAGCUCCACAUCAUUGAUGUGCUAGUUUAUCAUUGUUGGUGAUAUUGUUAGCCAUGUAUCCCUUUUUUCCCUUCAUACAGAAAACUGUAACCUAAAUGCUGUUCCUUUCUCAAAUCACACAAUGAAUGAUAUGUUGGACCAUGAUGCAAGCAUCACUGUAGCCUGUAACAUGGGCUACUCUACCGGUAUGGGCAUUCUAACAGAGCUCAUGUGUAGUAAUGGGACCCUUUCUACACCUCCUCCUAUCUGUUAUGGUAAGCUUCUUACAAUCUUGAAUAAAGUUUCCAAAUCAAAGAACAAGAUAUAUUUUUUUUGAAAAUAUUAAUCUGCAAGCUACCGUAAGUAACGGACUAUAUACUGCACCCAUGGAUUAACCGCACCCCCAACUUUGGCC